AUGAGGAGCAGGAGAGGCAAAAAAGACUCUUUGGAGCAAAAGACUGAGGAAUUUACCGAAGAUGGGAGCAACCUAAAACUAAUUCCUUCUAAGUUUAGGUCAGACACAGAAGUGGAUGAAUCUCUCAAAGAUUCUUUGGGCUCUCUUUGUGUCAAGAACACAUCCCAAGUCACAAAGGACCAGAACAGCCCAGCUGCCGUGUCAGUACCUGCUGCAAACAGUGACAGUCUUGCUCCUGGCCAUCAAAAACGGACAAGAAACCAACAGGGAAUACUUAAAGCAAAGCAAACUGAAAUCCUACAGGAGAAUCCAGCACAAAGAAACAGAGCAGUGUUUAGAAGAGGUAAAAAAGUUAAUUUUGAACUUGGAGAAGACAGUUCCAAAGAGGUUGAAAUAAAAAGCAGUUUACCAGGGGAUGCUGAAGGAAUGACUGACAACAGUCAACAGGAGAAUUUGGAAAAUCCUUCACGAGUGAGGAGGGGCAGAAGAAAGCAAGUUGAUUCCAUUCCACAAACAGCCAGUCCUACCUUUAUGGAAAAACAAACAUUAACUGCAGAUCACAGUAAAGAUGAGGCUUUUGUGAAGGAGGAAGGUACUCCCUGUUCAAUAGAAGCCAAUCCACCGAGACGAGGGAGAAGGCGAGAGGUUGGUGCAGCAUCACAGACAUCGAGAUCUCCUUCUGUCAGAACGAGACGUGGGUUGCUGGAAGGAGGUGAUAAAAAGAUGACUGUGAGGGAAGAUGAAAAUCCAGCUUUGGGAAAUAAAACUUCUCAGGCAAAAGCAAAUGCAUCAGCAAGGGACAGAAGGAAGAAGAUUGAUCUUGCAGCAGAGGCAAAAAGUUCAGCUCCUCUCCAGAGAAAACGUGGCUUGUCAGAGACUGAUGCUAAAGAUGGGGGAGCUAACGAAGAACAAAGUGUGCCUUUGGAAACAGUGUCCUGUGCAGAAGAGAAACCAUUAGGAAGGGGCAGAAGGAAAGAAACUGCACUGGCAUCACACACACCAAAUUCCAUUCUUCUUAGAGGGAAACGUGGUUUGCCAGUGGAUGAUGGUAGGGAAGACACGCCCAAAAAAGAGCAAAACAUUCCCUUAAAAACUGAUGAUUCAUCUGUAAAAGAAAAUCAACUGAGAAAAAGCAGGAGGAAAGAAAUUGCCCUCAAAGAAACCACAAGCCCUAACCAGGGAGAACAGGUCCCAUCAAAACAAAGUGGUAGGAAGAAUAACUAUAGGGAAGCAAAAAAAGUGAAUUUGGAGAAUUCUUCCCGAGAAAACAGGGAUCUUUCAAAAGAGAACUUGAGGCAAACAAGCACUUCAGUGGCUGGUAGUUCCACCUCACUUCAAGGUUUGCCAGAAGAUGGUAAGGAUGGAGCUCCUGAAGAACAGCAGAGUAAACUUUUGGAAGGAGCUCCACCUGCAAAAGAAAAUCCAUCAAGACUGAGCAGAAAGAAAACAACUUCUUCCACAUCUGCAGAAACUUCUUCCACUUCUCUCAGGGAAAAACCCAGCCUGCCCAAAGGUAGAGGGCAAAAGAGGAUUCUUCAAGAAGCUGAAGCUACACCUCCAGAAAAUAAUUCAUGCCGGGGAAGAACAAGGCAAGCGAGGAAUAACAGGAGGGAGGUACAAUUCACAUCAGAGGCAGCUACUUCUACUUCUCUCCAUAAAAACAGUGAGUCGCCUGAAAAUGGAAAUGCUCUGGAAACUGAGAAUUUGUGUGUGACAUCCACUGGUUGUGAGGGCAGGAAUCAGUCUGGAAAAGGAAAGGAGGGGAACCCUGUGCCACAGGCAACAUCUACUUCUCGCAGAAGAAAGUGUCAGCUGCCAGCAGAUGACUCGGCACCCAAAAAACUAAAAUCAGGGAAUGCUGAAAAUGGAUCACUGGGAAAAGGAAAAAGGAACAAAACUAAGGAAGAACUUGGGAAAGAGAAUGUGAGGGCAGCUCAGACCUCUGGAGUCAUGGACAGGAAGACAAGAUCCAGCACAAGAACAAGGAAAUAGUUUUAAGAGUCCCAGAACCAGUUUUUAAAUCAAUUCAGUCAUUCAAAUUCCAGGGUUUUUCUUUUCAAUGUGAAUUGAUUUGCACUCAGAUUUUAAGCUCAGAUUUUGAUAAUUCAGUCAUUCCUUUACAAAAUAUGUUUCUUACUGUGUUUUUUUAACAGCUUUGUCUAUGUGUGGUGGUUCCUGAACCAGGGGUGCUUGUGCAAAGCUGCAAACAUAAAAAUACAUCUGGUUUGACCAGUAUUUAUCCAAUUUUUCUAUUAAUUAGUACAGCAAUCAGGAAGCCAUAUUACUGCCAGGUGAAGCUAUUUUCUGCUUGAAUUUUCAUAUGCUUAAGUUUUAUUUUUCAUUAGAGCUCUGUAAAUAUUCUUU